AUGUUCCCUCCGGAGACGCCAACGAAGCACCCUUUCAAUGCUUCGAAUAUGGACUUUUACACGCCCUCGCCCCCGAGAGACAUGUCCGGUCUGCCUGAACCCUCGUCUUUCGCCACGGAACAGCCUUCCGAAGCUGAUCGCACGCCCAUGAAUCCUGAUGCGACGGCCAAUCUGACAGCUAUGAAGACUCCGAGGCCUCCAGGGGCUUGGUUGCAGACUCCUGUCUCUCAGCACCCUUCGCGUGGCCCGUCCUCUCGAGCACAAUCGACCCCACCAAAUGGCGGCGAGACCUCCACUGUGGACGAGAUGGCUGCGCCCGUGCAAACAUGGCCUCGCACGGGCUCUGCUCCUUUGCAGACACCUGCACCUCCAGGUGCUUGGAUGCAGACGCCUGGAGCAUCCGCUCGGAAGAGGAGCAUUCUAAAAGUCCGCUUCGACGUCGAUACCGAGACCACGGAUGCAGAAAGCGCUGCGGAACUUCCCUCGCAGGAGCCUCCCAGUUUCCCCGCUAUCGGUGCAUGGCGCAGCGACGAGCGCUCUGCGGAGGCAUUAGGCUCCGUAAAGCGCGAGAACGACGAAGGCGGCCUCUCGCGUAAGGCUGAGGGCUACACCGCUGAGCCUUCUAAGCCAGUUAGAACCCAUCGCAAAUCGUGGGGUAUGCGGAUCGUGGACGCGUUCGGCCGCGAGACGAAGAUGGAGGAGGAAGCCCCGGAGUUACCGGAAGAUCCCGUCCCAGAGCAGAAGCCUAUUCGCAAAACGAAGAGAUCGAGUUUCUCGAACCAUAAAGCUCGGAAUCCGGUGAAGAUCGUCGACGCGAUGGGUCGGGAAGUGGAGGAUGUCAUUGAAGAGUCCGACAGCCCACUGCCUCACAAUGAGGCGCUCGCUCGUGUUCGAGAGACCAUUGCACACAUGGCAGAGGAUCUCAGCGAAGUUGACAGAUCCUGCGAGAUCCUUGCCGCCGAAGAUAACCACGUGGGUGCACUUGAGAAUGCUUCCAAGGCCGCGAGAAGCGCGAGAAGUAAGAUCACAAAAUCUCUCCGCCUGGUCAAGACCGCGGAGAGUGAUUUGAAGAGCAAAUACGGACCUCUGAGAGAGAGCAUGAAGAAGACCAGGUUCAUUCUUCCUGGCUCGGAUGAUCCUCCCCAGACGACGUGGAGUAUUUCUUGGUUUUGGUGUUUAAUGCUCAUUCAGUUGGUCUUAUGCCUCUUGGUGUAUCGUAGGUUCGCAUACGACCGCGCGAAGCGUGCGUUCCUUAUGACAUACUAUGACCCUUUCAAUGCGGAGCUCUACGCCUAUUCUCCUAUCUCAUCCGGUCAACCGACGCGUUCCCUAUCGUGGUCAGUGUUCUCCAUUCCGGAGGCCAUUGACCGUGUAGGUUGGGUGGGCGCUUUCAAGGAAUUCUGGGGCAACGUGUCAAGCGCCGUCUUCGAUCUUCGACGGCAUACAACUGAUAUCUUGAAUACAGACUAUGAAGGACAUACAUCAUCAUCCUCCUGGCCCACAUGA